GGCAAGCUGCCCGAUAAUUCACACGAUCGCGUAUUUACUUAAGUUCGGACAAAGUCUGUCGGGUCGGCGCAAUAAAUAAAGUAGGACACGUAUCCAAGCAACCUACAAUAUCGAUUUUACUAAACCUAUCGACCCUUCUCCGAAUUCUUAAGCACACAACAAACUGAGUGGACCAGUGUAUAAACUGAUUGGACCAGUGAACAAACUGAUUGGAGCAGUGAACAAACUGAUUGGACCAGUGUACAAACUGUAAUCACAUUUAAAGGGUUUUGUAGGUACUUCAAGAAUUUCCUGGGUGUUUAUCAAACGCAUAGAAAAUGACAACACCGGCUGACGAUAUGGAGAUGGAGAAGAUAGCCGAGGAUGAACUUUCAAAGUUGCAGAGACAGUUCAGGGUAAUGGAGAUAGACCGCGCCACGGUGAUGAGCAGCGUGCAGCCUACCCUCAGAAUGCAGAAGAACAUCAUCAGCACUCUCAACACGGAACUAGAUAAGGUCAUGAUGGAACUCAAGCUAACAAAAAGCACAUCGAAUCUCCUGGACAACGCGAAGACCAGAGAACGAUUGGUGGUACUUCUCAAAGAACACGAGAAAUACGCGGCGGAGGUGAAGGAGCACCGCGGGUUUAUCACUGAACUGGACUUCCUUCUCCGACAGGUUCAGAAGGAAAUCAAGGCAUUGAAGACCAAAGGAACUGAAAAGGUGUACGCGAACACGCUCACAAAUCAAACGGUUAUCACCCAACUCGAGAACCGCCUGGACACGGCUAUGAAGAAGUUCAACGCAGUCAACUGCGACAAUUACAAGAUGCGACUUGAAAUCGAUCGUUUGUUAAGAGAUAGACAAUUUUUCAACGGUAUCUGGAAGAAUCAGAUCAAACGAUUGAUGGACGGUAAAGCUCAAAUCUUAGAGCUUGUGGAGCAAGCCAUCACGACGUACGACCAGAGAGAGGAAUGGUGCUCCAAGCUCGAAGCUUUGAAGGAGAAAGCGGCUAUAGAUUACAGAAAGCAUUGUUUGGAAGUGCGGGAGCUUCAACGACAGUUGGAUCACAGCAUGAAACUGGAGGAGUUCCUGCGUACUAAGGGCACUGUCAGACUCACAGCGGCCGACGCGAAGGCCGAGGCCAAAAGACUGGAGCAGCAGGAAGAGGAAAUGAGGACAUACAACAAUUACAUCAACAUUUUAGAUGCUAUUAAGGAAUUCACUGGAGAGAAUGACGUCGACAAGUUAAUCCAAGAGUUCUCGCGUCGAGAAGAAGAGAAUUACGCUCUAUUCAACUACAUUAACGAGGUGAACACAGAGCUGAAGAACCUCAGCGACAACGUGAAAAUGCUGAAGGAUAACAUCGAGGAAGAAACAGCCAAGCACCAGGCCAAGUUGUACAAGCAGCAGGACAGCAUUGAAAGUCUCCGAUUGACGUUAGAGGGGCGCCGACAAGCGACCGCCCACGCUAAGCAAUUGUACGACAAAAACACAGACGUCCUCACCUCCUUACUGCAACAAAUACAUAGCUUGGCUUUGGCAUCAGAAUGCGAUUCUCUGCCAUUGCUAAAGUUAUUAGGUAAGUCGUUCGUCAUCAACGUGACUAACGCCCGACUUUACAUCAAAAGCCUUGAGAAGAAAAUAACAGAAAUCGUCGACAUUAUCAAACUUGACGAGGCCAUACAACGUCAGAUGGAGAGCAAGGAGCGCACGCCCCCGUCGUCACGGCGGCGCCGCGCCCGCGCCCGCACCCCCGCCCUCCCCGCUAACACAACCGCCCUCCCGGCGCGCCACCGGGACAACGCACAGAUUACCACACACGCUUGAAUACUUAUGUAAUAUUUACAUAUAGCACCACUACUCGCUCCAGACAUAACAAUUUCCAUAUUAGAUGGAAAAGGUCGAACAUCCAUGAUUCACCUUUUCGAAUUUGGAUUCUAUACCCGUAGGCGAUUGGUGUCAUGCAGCCAACUACCGUGAGUUAUGAGCUAAAACGGGUUUUGGGGGCUUGAUUUUUAUUAAACGAUGUUUUAUUCCUUCACCGUGGAAGUCAAUCGUGAACAUUCAUUAAGCACUUAUUUCAUUGGAAAAAUCGGUGCCCGCCGGCACGGUCGCCUCGCUCAAUACGAAUAUACAUUAUGCUAUUUUUACAUAAUGGUCUGGAUUUUAGUCCUUUAGCUAAAUCUUCAUAGAGGUAGUGUCAAAUGAAAACACAGAUAAAAAUAGAAUAAAUUUAUUUUAGUAAGAAUAAUAGAAAUACAUAAUUACUUAUAAGAUACUUUAUGAAAGAAGACAUUACAAGAUUACAGAUAUAUUGAAAAUAAAUAGUAAAAUUGAAGAAAAAGAUACAAAAUUCUUUUCUAUUUCAUUCGAAAGCAUUUAUUACAUAAAUUAUUAUUGAAACAUUUUUUUAUUGUACAAUAUUGUUCAAUUUUGACUUACAAGUAAGUGUAAUCAUUAUUAAUUAAAUCAAUACAUAUUUAAUAUAA